AUGGCAAGAAACGUGGGAAAAGCGAAGACGUCCGAAGAGAAGACAAAGGUCGCGGAAGAUACAAGUGAAGUGAUAAAGGAUGGCGCUCGUAUGGGUGGAGACAGCAAGCAACCGCCGUUCAUGGUGCGCGGGCUGGUGGUAGGCGUGACCUCGUACCUCGCCCACACGGUCUGGACGAAGCGGAAGAUGCUGACAGACACGUGGUAUACAGAGGAGCAGACGGACACGGAGCGGCUUUUGGUGACAUCAUUUGAGUACAUGUGCUCAAUGGGCCUCAUCUUUUUCAUUGGCCUGAUCGUGGGCGUGGCCUGUCGCAGAGGCGCCAAGUUGGCCAAGGGUCUCAUGAAGACAGAAUAA